GCUGUUAGUGGAAGCCUGCGGUUAACCCUGAGACGAGGCCGUGAAAGACCUCUCGGUUCUGGCAGAAACACGAGGGUGUUGACGAGAGAGACUCGAGAGUUCUUCCUUUUGAGACUCCGCUCAGCCGUGUGCUGGCGGCCCCUUUACAAAUACUUUCGGUAGACUCUGGUGCAUCGCGCGGUAUUCUGAUCAACUAUAUACACUUCUAAUAGUUCAUCGAACAUCGCUCGUUCGACAUACGGACUCAAUAACCAUGCGUUGCGAUAACAAGACGGCAUUCCGCCUUGGAAUGUCAGUGUAUUUGAUUCUGAUACUGACUACGGGCGCGCUGGGUAUAAGGAGGCAUCGCAGCGCCCACAGACUUGCGCCCAAACCCAGCAUCGACGACCUGUUGCAGAGGCUCGACAACACGCUGCAGGAACAGAGGAAGAGGCUGGAGAGAGGACUUCCAACCAUCGCUUAUCGGACCAAUCACCUGGCGGAGGACGACGAAGGCCCCACCAUCAUCCAGGACCACUGGGAGGCGGAGAUGACCCACGCGGAGGAAUACAUGAGCGACGUGGAGCCCUGGACGAGGAACAGCCCGACACCGCAACCCACGCUGACUGAGAAGGAUCUCAAAAUGGUCCGGCUGGCCUCUGAAAACGUUCGCUGGGUCAGGAAUAACGGCAAGUGCCAGGUCCCCCUUCAGCGCUGUGUGAAGGUGACGUCGCAGCACGGGGGAGCCGGGUAUAAUUACUGGCCUCGCUGCGCCCUCCUGCAUCGCUGUGGAGAUGACGCUGGCUGCUGCAGCGCCCCCAGCCACACCUGCUCCGUGGAGUCGGCGGAAAACGUCGAUUUGUACUUCUACGUCUACACGAGCAGCGGCGACGGGCGUGCGGGCGUGCAAAAGAUGACUUUCAGCAACCACACCCGUUGCAUGUGCAAGCCAAAUGAGACCACCAUUUCCGAACCCCCUGUGUUGUGCAACUGCCCCAAGCACUUCACAUCAACCCCGGUGGGAGGGCGCUGCACUUGCAUCUGCACGGAAGGGAAUCCCCGGUGUAAGCGCUACAAGAAAGGAAAGCGAUUUUUCUCAUCUUCCGAAACAGAAUGCAUUUCUAACGGAGAAUGCACUACUCCUACGUGUGAGUAUGGGCCUUUCCUGCUAAAGAAACACAGGUGCCCCAGACGCAGAGAGAGAGAGCGCUAUACCAUCAGCAGGAGGUAAACGGGGCAACGGAGGAGAGGAGGCAGAAAGGGAGGGAAAGUGGUGGAAAGGGAGAGAAAGAAGGAGAUGGAAAGCGAGAGAAGGAGAUGGAAAGAGAGAGGAGGCAGGGAGAGAGAGGAAGAGACAGGAAGAGAGAGAAGGAGAUAGAAAGAGAGAGAAGGAUAUAGAAAGGGAGAGAAGGAGACAAGAGGAGAGAGGACACAGAAAGAGAGAAGAGGACAGAAGGAGACAUAGAGAAUUAGAAGAGGACAGAAUGGGAGAGAGGAAGACAGAAAAAUGAAAUGCCGUUAAUUGUAUAGCGAAGACGGAAUAAGAGGAGAGAAAGAGAGAGAAGAGGAAGAGACAAGAAGAAGGAAAAGAGGAGGGGAAACGAAGAGAAAGAGAGAGAGAGAGAGAGAAUAAUGCCAUUAACAGUACAAAAUAAAUGGGAUUAAGAAGAGUGGAAAGAAAGAAAAAAUAGAUGAUAAAAUAGGGUAUAAGGUUGUAUAUGUCCUUAACAAUCGGACAAGAAAAAUAAAAUCAUAGAUAAGAAAUGAAGCUGACAGAGUAAUAGUAAUACUGAAAAUAGGAAAGGAUAAAACAACCAAAUGUGAGAGAGAGUGGGAGAGAGAGAGAGAGAGAGAGUGAGUGAGUGAGAGAGAGAGAGAGUGAGUGAAUGAGAGAGAGAGAGAGAGAGAGAGAGAGAGAAUGAGUGAGAGAGAGAGAGAGAGAGAAUCAUGUGUUGUAAGGAAAGUGUAUAUUAAAUAUAUUCUCUCCCUCUCUCUCUCACACAAAUAUAUAUAAAAGCAGAAACAUCUUGCCUCUGUCAACAAAAAAUAAUCGAAAAAAACAUUACCUAAAUGAAGAAAAGUGAGGAAGCACUGCAUCAACCAAUGCAUUUUUAAAAUUCGGUCUAUUUACGAGGAAUAUUUUUCCUUUGAUGAGAAAAUAAAUCUGUUUUGGAUUGUUACCAAUUCAAAUGAUUUUUAUAUGUUUACAAAGAGGCUCUUAACACCAUAUUUUGUGUUGUGAUUUACAUUUUACGUCAAAUUUAUUAGAAUUAUUAGAAUAAUAAAUCCUAUCAGUCUAUACUCAGUGAGCAAGAAUCACUGUCCAUGGUUUAUGUGGUUAGCGGGAAAUAAUUUUGUUACCCCUACUUUUUCAACUGAAAAUGUGGUAAUGUAUAUAUUACAGAAAGCGGAAUGACAGCCAUUUAAAGGGUAAACAUAUUUAAAUUAUUUAUGCUUCUUAAAAGUAAGGAUCACUUGAAAAUCUGCAUUUACUUAGUUUUGAAAUGAAAUGUAUAAGACCUUCAAAUCACAUUUUCAGGUAAAUUCUCCCUCAGCAACAAUGCUUUCUACAAUGAUACAUACAAUUGUGUCACUAUACACAUAUUCGGUUCAAUAACCACUUUUGAAAAGAAAUGUAACAAUUUACUGAGAUGCAGUGUAAAAAAAAUACCAAUAGCUAAUAUUUGUAAUAAGCAGAUUUUACAUUUAUUCACAAAGAGUGGCAUGUCAUUCAUGAUACACGAUUUUUUCACUCCGUUUGAUGCUGAUGUUAUAAAUAAGCGCUCGUUUUAUCUAAUAUUAAAAUCAUGUACUUUCAGAUUUGCUAUGUAAGGAAAAUAAAUGCAUUUUCCGUGAUUUACGAAAGAUUCAAGGUUUCCUUUACAAUUAAGACCCCAAAUUAAAGGGAAAAAAAUCUUACGUUUUCUGUUAACGAAUAUUUAGGAAUAACUUUAGUAUUCCAUUGACGGAGAUGAAAGGCAGUGGGGUAGGUGCUUUUUUAUUAGAAUUUAACGUGUAUUCAUUUUUGUUAUAUUUUAUAUGUUGUCUUAGGUGAACGAGUUAUCUUUCUUCUUAUCUGUGUGUCAAUUAACAGGCCCUAGAUGUUUUAUCUUGAUUUACAAGCUUGUCUUAGAGCUCGCUAUAGUGGUUCAACCUUUCUCCGUUAUCUGCAUUGGAAUUUGUUAUUUAUCAGUGAUAAAAA